GAUUAUUUGGCACCAGGCUUGGUGACGUAGGACUUAAAGGUACUUCCUCGUUUGUUUUCCUAGCCGGACCGAAACCAAACAUCUAAAUUCAAGAUGCAUCUGUCCAGGGUUGGAAUGUACACCAAGAGGAGAAAGCGGGACGUUUCUCACACUUAGACAUUUCUCUGUUCCUGAAUUUGACUGUCACUCGCUCUGCUUCUCCAUAUCGCUCCCCCAUUUCCUCUCGCUUCGCCACCAUGUUGUGCUGGGGGAAUGCCAGAGACGGGCAGUUGGGCAUUGGUGUGGAGGGGAAUCCUGUUUUUGAACCAAGGAUCUGUCAUGUGUUCAGCGGCAGAGGGCUGAAAGAGGUUGCGUGUGGCGGGCAACACACGCUGUUCUUACUGCAAGAUGGUAGUGUAUACACGUGUGGUUCCAACAGCUGUGGACAGCUGGGCCAUGACAAAGCUGGGAAUUCUCCAGAGCUGGUGGGGGCUCUGGAUACCCAGAAGAUUACCAUGGUGUCGUGUGGUCGGGCCCAUUCAGUCGCGGUGAACGAACAGGGUCAGGUGUUUGUGUGGGGGGCUGGAGAUGGGGGUCAGCUUGGUUUGGAGACUGCUGAGACGGCUGUUCGAAUCCCAAGGUUGCUUAAAAAACUGUGUGACCACAGCAUCUCCCAAGUAGUGUGUGGAAACCAGCACUGCAUCGCACUUUCUCGAGAUGGCCAGCUGUUCACAUGGGGCCAGAACAGCAGCGGUCAGCUGGGUCUGGGCAAAGGAGAGACCAGCAAGCUGUCUCCUUCCCCGGUCAAGUCCCUGGCAGGAAUCCCUCUGGCUCAGAUAACCGCGGGGGGAGACCACUGUUUUGCGCUCUCCCUGUCUGGAGCUGUGUUUGGCUGGGGCAAAAACAAGGCUGGUCAGCUGGGGCUCAACGAUAAACAAGAUCGGGCCGUUCCAUGUCACAUCAAGUUUUUGAGAUCUCAGAGAGUUGUUUACAUCAGCUGUGGAGAUGAACACACAGCUGCCCUCACAAAGAGCGGGGGCUUAUUUACCUUUGGUGAUGGCUCCAGGGGGCAACUAGGUCAUGGCUCCAGCAAUAAUGAACUUUUACCCAGACGAGUCAUGGAGCUCAUGGGAACUGAAGUGUCCCAGAUCACCUGUGGAAGGCAUCACACUCUUGCCUUUGUUCCAUCCUCUGGUACGGUGUAUGCAUUUGGUUGUAACAGUCACGGUCAGCUGGGAACAGGAAUACUGGCUGAUUUAAGAAGUCCACAUCCCGUUAAAAAUGAUUUCUUGACUUUAAAUCUCCGAAAAGAUUUAAGGAAGUAUACAGUGAUCAAAAUCAUCUGUGGAGGAGACCAUAGCUUUUUAAUGUAUUCUAGUGAACAGUGUCCUGAAGUUCCAGAAGACUUCCGAGUGUUUAAUGUCAGUAAAAGCCUCUCCCCCAUCAACCACGACUGCUUGAACUCAUGGAGGUUAAAACUGUUGUACAACACAGACUCUAAUGUUACAAAAGACAUGAUCGUUCACCUCUCCUCAACCGCUUGUUGGAACGCCAGUUUCUUAGACCAAAGUGAUGAUGCUCACUUCAAAACCAACCCAAAAAUCCCCGGCAUCGAUCUCAACUCUGUCAGAAUGCUGUUUGCAACACUGAGCAAACCCGCUUUCGCUGGAAUCCAGGAGCAGGCAACCACAAGUUUUGAGAGUCUGCUGAUCCCUCAGCUGCCUCGCUCCCCACCUGACGUGGAGGCCAUGAGGAUCUAUCUCAUCCUGUCCGAGUACCCAGCCCUGCAGGACUCCAAGAACUACAUACGCCUCACUAUCCCACUGGCAAUAGCCAUUCUCCAGCUAGACACCAACCCCAGCAAAGUAUUGGAUAACUGGUGGUGUGUCGUGGACGUCGGCGUCUUCACCAGAAUGGUGGACAUGUACAAGAGCAUAGUUGUGUACAUGCUGACGGGAGGCAAGACGGUCCCUGCGCCCGUGCUCCACGAGAACUAUUUCAUGGCCACGCUUAGACUGCUGGAGAAGCUCCACAAGGUGAAUUUAAAGGCCCAUCAUGUAGAAUACAACCACUUUUAUAUCCCUGACAUCACCAGCCUGGUGGACAUCCAGGAAGACUACCUCAAAUGGUUUCUGAGUAAAGCCCAGAUUAAAGUGGGCUCAUCUCCUUCACAGAGUAACCUUCCCCCAGUGAACCUUUGUGCCUUCCCAUUCAUACUGAAUGCCCAAGCCAAGACGACAAUGCUGCAAACAGAUGCUGAACUGCAAAUGCAGAUGGCAGUAAGCGGUGCGAACCUGCACAAUGUUUUCAUGCUGCUCACACUGGAACCCCACCUCGCUAGGAACCCAUACCUAGUGCUGCAUGUGCGCAGGAAUCAUUUAGUAAGCGACACGCUUCGAGAGCUGACUGUCUACUCUGACGUGGACCUUAAAAAACCGCUCAAAGUGAUCUUUGACGGCGAGGAAGCCGUGGAUGCGGGCGGGUUAACUAAAGAGUUCUUCCUGCUGCUCCUGAAGGAACUCAUGGAUCCCGUCUAUGGGAUGUUCACCUAUUACAAAGAGUCCAAUCUACUGUGGUUCUCAGAUAAAUGUUUUGUAGAGCAGAACUGGUUUCACCUGAUCGGGAUCAUUUGUGGUCUUGCCAUCUAUAACUCCACUGUGGUGGACCUGCACUUUCCCCUGGCUCUCUACAAAAAGCUGCUGGAUGUCUCCCCCUCACUGGAGGACUUCAAAGAGCUCUCACCCACUGAAGCCAGGAGUUUACAGCAGCUUUUAGAUUAUGAAGGGAGAGAUGUGGAGGGGACAUUCCUUCUCAACUUUGCUAUCACCAGGGAGAACUAUGGGAUGACGGAGGUCAAAGAGCUGGUCCCUGGAGGAGAGAGCAUCGCUGUGGACAACACCAACAGGAAGGAGUUUGUGGAUUCUUACCUGCGAUACGUCUUCUCGGACUCUGUGGAUGAGCAGUACUCGGCCUUCUCUUCUGGUUUCCUGAAAGUGUGUGGAGGGGAGAUCCUGUCGCUCUUCCAGCCCUCCGAGCUCAUGGCCAUGGUGGUUGGCAACAACAACUACAACUGGGAAGAGCUUGAAAAGAAUGCUGUUUACAAAGGAGAGUACUCUGCCACUCACCCAACAGUGAAGUUGUUUUGGGAGGUUUUCCACGAGUUUCCCCUGGAAAAGAAGAAGCAGUUUUUAUUGUUCCUGACGGGCAGCGACCGCAUUCCCAUCCACGGCAUGGAGAGCCUGCGGAUCAUCAUCCAGUCCACCACAGCGGAGGAGCACUACCUGCCUGUUGCCCACACCUGCUACAACCUGCUGGACAUGCCCCGCUAUCAGACCAAAGAGAUCCUGCGCCGCCGCCUCACUCAGGCGGUGGAGCAGUACGAGGGAUUCAGCCUGGUCUGAGAGGAGCCUCGAUGCACUUUAGCAGCCAUAUGACCACCACGUGAGUGUCAACAGUGAAUGUGGGUGCAAGCUGGAUGAAGACGAGGCCCCUCUUGCAUGAUUGUUAGGCUUUUUUUUUUUAAAUAUUCCAAGGUCUAUAUGUGUAAAUGCAGGUUGAUUUUAAGGUUAAAGGUUUCUCAACCUUUCGGGCCAACAAAGAUGGUGGUUGGAAAUUUAACAGACAUUUAAGGAACACGUUUGCAUCAAAAUAAAGAGAACAAUAUACUGGAGUCUUCAUUCAAUGACUUGGGGUCAGAUGAAUUUCACAAAGCGGAGAAACUAAAGCUACAUUCACACCGGGCUUAUGACGCACGUUCUUGAAUGCGUACUCCACACUAGCGCGUGUUCGCCGCCUACAGUUACAAGAGGUUUGGCGUGAAGUGUGAAUGCGGUGCUAAUUGCGGUGCAGGCUUUUGUAUGACAGACUUAGUGUUAUGUAAUUCCGACCAGACACAAACUGCAAUUAUUCAUUUCUCCUCCAUAAUCUAUUUUCAAACGGUUGGCUCUUCUGUGAAUCAAAAAGAACGGCAUGCACACGCCAAAUCAAAUCAGAGUUCCUGAUUGGUCGAGGUUUGACCUGGCUUAACUUUCAGCGUGCAUUCAAUGGACGUGUUUUGUACAUAGUUCCUGAAAACGAUCAUAGAAAUUUGAGCUUUGAACUAAAGCCCAGAGCGUACAUGUAUCCGACUUUACAUAGACUUUUCAUUGGAAGUUGCCACUUAAACGCACAUUGCCACGGACGGUGUGAACGUAGCUUCAGGCUUCUGGGAAAUUUUGUCUUUUUGUUUACUUUUGCAAGAAUGUUGUUUUUAAAGAUAUAUAUAUAUAAAUUCCUUAAAUUCUAUUUUUCACCUUAACAUUUUAUGUUGAUAUAUUGAAAUAAUAUAUUUCUUUUUAUUAUUUUAAAUUAUUUUAAUAAAAUGAUUCUAUUUUGGCACAAGGUGUGGUUUGAACCCCCCACCCCUUUUGAUCAUUUGAAACCCAGACACCAGCACGUCAUCUCUGCCAGACUUUCAGAAAGGCUGAGUGAGUUUCUGGCUGGCAGGGUGACGCGGGGUGAAGCCGAUCUCCAAUCGCUCAUUCCCUUUGUCAGCUGUGGCUAAAACGGAGCAGCUGACGUAUUAAUCCCUCAUUCAACAGUGUUGCCUUCAACAGGGAAGCUAGUGGUAAAAACAUAAAGCAGGCUUUUUAAAGCAACCGGAUAUUGGGUGAAGACACUUAACCCUGCAUUGACUUUCUUUUUUUUCCUUCUUUUUUUGUGUUAAUAUAGGGAUUUGCUGAACUGCUUUACCUAAUAUUAAAUUAUUUAAUCCCAUGAGAUUCAAGGGAUUAAACUGGAGGAAAAAUGGCACACGGCUUGUUUAGAAUCCUCUAACAACAGUUUUACACCCUGCAGGUCUGUCGCUCAUCUGCAGGUCUUAACAUCUAAAAUGGUUUGUGCUUCUUUUCAACACUUUGAUAUGCUUCAAAAUCCAAAAAUAAACAACAACUCUUUAUUCUCACCAAAAUUAUUUAUUUAGUUUAUAAUUUAUCUCUCUUUGUUUAUAAUUUAUCUCUCUUUGGAGGCAAAAAGAGUUUGUGUCAAAUGACUGAUUCCAUCAUUUUUUUUAGUUUUAAAACCAUUAAACUCUCCUUUGUUUGUGUUAACAGUCUGUUUUAUGAGCCAGAUUCAGAUUAAGUGUUUUUAAAGGCCGGGCAAACACAAAUUAAAUUUAAAUCGUGUGUUUUCUGCUAUUUAAUAGCUGUAUCUUUAUUUGUUGCAUAUAAAUUUAAUUUGAGAAAAAAAACACAUGUAAAGUGUUAUCAAUAGAAAUUUUGAUAUCAGAGGUCUGUAAACAUCCAACAUAACCUAGAUUGUCCAUUCUACUAAAAAAAAAACAAAGUAACUUUUUUAAAAUGUCAGUAAGGAAACCAAAUUUUCCUUUUCUUUAAGAUUUCAUGGAGCCAGGUCACCGGCUUUUUAAAUAUUUUUCGAAGGAAAAACCUAAUGAAUAUGAUCAUUUUACGAAGACUAUUUAUCAACCCAUUGUAUUCUGAUGGUAGAAACUUAGAUGGUUUAUAAAAAAUGAAUUACGAUAAUUUAUUUCAGACAAAUAUGCGUUCAAACGAAAUGCAUUGUGGUCUAUAUUUGCCAAUCUAGUGAGAAUUGAUGCACACUGGUUUUUCGCCGAGACUUCUGGGAAAUUUCGAGGGCACUGGAUUUUGGUAUAAGUGGUUAAGAAAUGAAUGUGGAGCCUACAAAAGGAGAAAGUUUUGAAACAAUACCUUUUGAGUUUUCUUUCUGUGUCAAGAUGAAUAAUCGUAUAUUUUCCCUUAAAUUUGAAUGGAACUUUUCCUUAAAACGCAUUUUCAAAGCUCAUUUUAAAAUAACCUGUGACUGGCAUCAGAAUGCCGAUACUUCUCUAGUUUCUGCAUCUCUUUCUAAACUCAUUCAGCUCAACUAGCCGUUUCCUCCAGUUCCCUGUACAUUUAUGUAUCUAUUCUGUUGAAAAGAAGCAAAAAACAUAGUUUAUGUCCCAAAAGUGUAAUUAAAGGGAAACAUAAUCAAAUCCUAGCUUCAGUAUUUGUUAAUUGUGUCCAUAUUACCGAAGUGAUUGAAAUGUAAAAUUCAAAAGCUGCAUAUUCUGACUGUGUAAGUGAGCAGAUUUAUAAAAACUUGAUGAUGGUUUUUCUGUAACUUUUCCUCCUUAUAUUUUUUCUUUUUUUUUUUUACCCCCCUGCAGUUAAACCUUUACUCCAAAAUGUCGUUUGUUUGUUAAGUAUAUGAAAUGGUCUUGCAUAUACACACAUACAUAUAUUUUUUUAUACUUUCCUACAUACCAGAUGUGUUCAAGCGGUUCAGACUUGAUCCAUUCAGCAAUAACCAAUCCGAAGCAGGCAUUUCUGCAAGGUAUUUUUGGACACUGCUUCCAAUAGCUUGACUCAAUAUUGCAUGUACACAAGCACACACACACACACAUGUGUUCAAUCUUUUUUUUAUUUUGUAUUCUAAUUAAGGCUAAUAUCUCUGGCAGACUUUAGUCCUAUGCAAUUUUUUUGUGCUGUUGUGAUUUUUUUGCUCUUAUAAUGUGAUCCAGAAGAUGUGAUUCUUGGGAUGUUUGUCUGCAAGUUACAUUAAACUCUGUUCCAGCCUAAAUUUUAAAUAAAAGACUGAAAAAAAAA